UGUUCGUGGCAUUGUUCACAAUUGGCCUUGCAUCAAGUCUGAAAUGGGAGGCCACAUAUUUUGCUAAUGUCCAAUGUGCUCGAUACCGCAUGGAAGACAAAUUGCAAGGAUCACGUGAUAAACUGCAGUAUCGCCAGCAUACUACACGAAUGCAUAUCACCCCGUGUCGCGAAGGGGAAGACCAAAGGGAACAAGAACAAAAGUGCCACAAGAUCCAGCAGCCGAAUGGCGGUGAUGCAGCUGAUCAAUCUAGGAAUCACGCAAGUUCUAGUUAAGCUGUUAGUGAGCCUGCAACACGCGGACACUAUUUCGAGCGAAGUGCUCACGCAGGAGGUGCUUUGGCUUUUGGGACAGAUAGCCCAAAGGGACCAGAAAUUCGUGUCAAAGAUGAAGAUGCUUAAUACCAUAAAAGUGUUCCAUACGCUGUUGAAACAACAUUACAACAACAGUAAAACUCUAUUACCGUUGUUGUUGAUCAUCAAGUGUCUCUCCAGAAACUCAUUCUCUCUUCAAGUAUUGGUGAAGGACGGGAUCGCCAGCACGCUGGAGAUUACGUUCGUAUGCAUCGGUUACAUGCCACACCUGAAACUCCGACUGCUGCUAGAGUGUUUUAAAUAUUUCACAACGAGCAAACUUUGUUGCACGAAAUUCGUGAAAGUGGGCCUGGUGCAUCUGUUGAUGAGGAUCUUCGAAAGAUGGGAACGAUUCGACGGCCCGAUGAGACUGAAGAUUUGCAACUGCGCUUUGAUUACGUUGCAGCACUUAUGCGUCAUAAAAGCCGGCCGGAAGGCUAUCAAGACGAACAAUGGUCUGCAACUACUGUACCGGUUCUGCAACUACUGUCCAGAGGAUAAGGCGUACGAUUCGUUGCUGUCGCGUAUUUGCGGGAUAAUCAAUCAAUGUCUGGAGAAGAAGGAGCUGCCAGUGCCUGAAAUGUCGCCGGCAAGGCCUGUAGCGUGGCUUCUCUCGGAAGACUGUACAGCGACCUUGAUUCCGGCGACGAUGAAGAAAGCCAGAAUUCAAGGACGAAUGUGAAAACUAUGAACGCAGCUGACGAAGUGGACGAGAGCAAGUUCUUUGCUGGUGUGUUCACUUCGCAAAGAUCGGAGGAGGACUUAACCGAAGAAUUCAACCUACAGAACCAAGUUUGCACGGCAAAGAAUUCGACAGAAAAGUUAACCGAUACGACGGACGCGAAAGUGUGCGGUAGCAAGACGAAAACGUUCGCGAAGGAUCCGAUAAAAGAUGGGGCGGCAAGGAAUCAAACAACGAAUAACGACACGGCAAUCAAAAUCUUCGACAACAUGUGCUCGAGCUUGACGGAUCAACAGGCUUAUUGCGUGAUAGCGAGCAGAGUGAAAAGCGUGAUCGGUUUUGUGAAGGUGGCUUACCCGGAUUUAAUCGGUGGCGAUGGCCUUGGCAAGGACGAGCCUUUGAACAACAAGGACAGGAAGAUCUGUCGAUCGAAGCUUCUCACAUGCGUGGAACGAGGCCUUCACGGCAGCACCUUGGUUCAAGAAGUAGUCUACGAUCUCGAUGCUGUAGCCUCCAGUAACAGUGACGAACAAACUGCGGUUGAUAAUCACUUGUGCAACUGGGAUGAGAAUAGAAUAGGCAAACGUUCCUCCGACACGAAACAGCUGCACUUCGAGUCUCGAUUCGAGAGCGGCAACCUAAGGAAAGUUAUUCAGAUAGGCCCGAGAGAGUACGAUCUGAUCUUGACGCCGGACGUGAACAGUGGUUCCAGGCACCAGUGGUUCUAUUUCGAGGUGUCGAACAUGGAGGCGAACCUGUCCUACACGUUCAACAUCAUCAACUGCGAGAAGGCGAACUCGCAGUUCAACUUCGGUAUGAAACCGAUUCUCUUCAGCGUGACGGAGGCACAUUUGGGAAGGCCAGGCUGGGUGAGAACGGGCGCUGAUAUCUGCUACUAUCGAAAUUGUUAUCAACGACCGACCAAAGGGAAGAAUUAUCUGACCACUUCGUUCACUGUCACGUUUCCUCACGCGUACGACGUUUGCUACCUGGCGUAUCACUUCCCUUACACGUACAGCCUGUUAAUGACGAACAUCUGGAAGUGGACCAGGCGGGCCUCUCCGAACACAUAUUUCAGAGCGGAGACACUUUGCGAAACGUUGAAUGGGAAUAACAAUCCUCUGUUGACUAUUACGUCCUUAGAUUCGAAGAGCAACCCUAUACAGAACCGUAAAGUGAUAUUUCUGACAUCGAGGGUUCAUCCGGGUGAAAGCAAUGCUUCGUGGGUGAUGGAUGGUACAUUAGAGGCGCUGUUGAGCAGCAACCCUUAUAUAGCCGGUUUGCGAGACGAUUACGUAUUCAAAAUAGUGCCAAUGCUGAACAUCGAGGGUGUGGUAAACGGUUGGUAAGUGAUUCUCCACGACGA